UCGUCAAGUCUGUCAAAAAAAGAAAUCGGUAAUCGUUUCGAAAGGACUUUCCAGAAAAUUGGCUCAGAAUCCGAGAUCCUCGUAGCCAAUUAACCGUUCGAUCGUUCGAAUUGGUCAGCGUUGCGUAUCGAGGAUCGUUAAUUGUUCGCGGAACGAUCGCCACGCUCGGAGCACGACCGGUCAAGGCGUCUUCCACGAAACGAUUUCACGAUUAAUACAGCGUUCGGCGAACAGCGCUCGGGGGAACCACCCAGUUCCACGGUGCGUGUCGUGAGUUGGUUUUCCGUGCUGUGUUAACAAUUAGUGCCACGUGUCCGAUAGAUCGGUUCGAUCGGUCGCUGAACAUCCUCUACGAUUAAUCAUUCUUCGCUGCGAACGAAUGACUCGCACCUACCUCGACGCGCAUCGAACGUUGAAGUCUCCGAUCGUCAGCGUUUUGUACACCCCACGUGGGUAUAAUAACGACAUUUAACGCAAGCUUCAUCGCAGAAGUGGAGCAUACUUUGAAGACAGUACAAGGAGGAAGCCGAGUAGAAGAGAGGCACCCCUUGAAGUCCAGACAAAUAGAGGAAACCUAGGAGAAAGAAUAUAUAUUCCAAGCGAAGAGAUCGCUGAAUGCGUAGGAACGAGUUCGUUCGUCGUCCGAAUUCCAGCACGCCGGAAGUGACGAGGACGACCGCUUCCUCGAGACGCGACGUCAACAUUUCCCCGUGAAGCGUGUUGCUUCGCGCGCCAGAACGCCAGACCUCAGACCCGACGACCGUUGGGUUGGUCUGGAAGUGGCUUGAGGUUGGGGGGCAAGGUGAAACGAAGAAGAGGAAACACGAAGAGGAACAAGGAUGCGCUCAUGGAGAAUCGUGGCCUGUCGAGCGAGCGAGUGUCCCGCGAGACGCGCGCUUGGUCCUUGAAGGACAUCGCGGUUUUCGUACCCUGAAGGAUGGACUGGUCUCGAAACGACGAGUUUCACGCGAGACGAGCCACGCACGGUUCUUACACGACGACGUUAUUGGUUAUGUACGUGAUUGCUCCACUUCGUCGAGGCGCCUCGCCACGGUCAGCGCACGAUUAUGCAGCUGAAGAAAGCGAUGCUUAAGAUAUUCGAUCAAUGCCUGCACUUGCGGAGCAUCGAGGAGCCGAGGAUGACGGCGGAGACGGCAGCUCCUUGUGUACAGGGGGUGCAAGGGGUGCAGAACGUAAUGGCGGGACAAGGUGCACUGCAACAGGUGCAGGAUGGAAAGUCCAGCGGCGGUUACUAUUCCUCGACUUCGGCCAUGUACGAUCCGGAGUACGCUCGCAUGGAGGCCUGGCUCGACGAACACCCUGAUUUCGUCAACGACUACUUCCUCAGGAAAGUGACGAGACAGACCGUGGACAUGUGGCUGGUGUCGCACGCGACGCCGACGUCCUCGUCGAGCAGCUGCGUGGAGCUGUCCAGCCCGAUCCACGCGGGUGGUGGCACAUCAUCUUCGGGUCGAGGUGGCUCGGGUGGCUCCGGCGCCACGACGCCGGUUCGAAAAAUUUCAGCCCACGAGUUUGAGCGCGGCGGUUUGCUGAAACCGAUUGUCAACACCAUCGACGGGACGCCAACCUUCCUGAGCGUCACGCCAGGUGAUUCUGGCCAGCCUGGUAGUCAGCCUGUUGGCUCGGGGAAUUCCGGCAGGCCUCAGAGGCGGUCCAGGCACGAGCUCAGGCACCUCGACGAGAAGGAUCUCAUCUUUGAAUUGGUCAAGGAUAUCUGUAACGAGCUGGACGUGAGGUCCUUGUGCCACAAGAUCCUGCAGAACGUGAGCACCCUGCUGCACGCGGACCGUGGUUCCUUGUUCCUUGUCCAAGGGGAGAGGGGCGGUGGUUGCAUGCCCUCGUCGCAAAAUCACGACUCCACCUCGAACAUCCCUGUCAGCGGCUUUGGUCCAGGGAAAACUGAGAACGGGAACUCCGAGCAACGGGAGACGGGAUACUAUACUAGGAGCAGAUGCUUGGUCUCGAAGCUGUUCGAUGUGUGCUCGAGGUCGACUCUGCUCGAGAUGGAGAAGAAGGACGAAAUUAAAAUUCCUUGGGGUACGGGGAUCGUUGGAUACGUCGCCGAGAGCGGGGAACCUGUUAACAUACCGGAUGCUUACAAGGAUUCGAGAUUCAACCGUGAAAUCGAUGCGUUAACUGGGUACAGAACUCGAGCCCUCCUGUGCAUGCCGAUAAAGGACUGCAACGGUGAUGUAAUCGGGGUUGCGCAAGUGAUUAACAAACUUGGCGGCGAAGGGCAGUUCACUACGCAGGACGAGAAAGUUUUCGCCGGAUAUUUGCAAUUUUGCGGAAUCGGUUUGAGAAACGCGCAACUCUACGAGAAGAGCCAAUUGGAGGUGAAAAGGAAUCAGGUUCUUCUAGACCUGGCCAGGAUGAUCUUCGAAGAGCAGAGCACGAUAGAGCACAUGGUCCUAAGGAUAUUAACGCACACCCAGUCCCUGAUACAGUGUCUUCGAGUACAGGUUCUCCUAGUUCACAAGGCGUCCAAGGGCAGUUUCUCGCGAGUGUUUGACUUCGAGGCGAACGACCUCGCUGGCGAGGAAUUAGAUUCUCGCACUAGUCCAUUCGAGAGCAGAUUCCCUAUAAAUGUCGGUAUCACCGGUUACGUUGCUACCACUGGUGAGACGGUGAAUAUACCGAACGCCUACGAGGAUCCAAGAUUCGACCCUUCGGUGGACGAUGGUACCGGUUUCAGACAUCGCACCAUUCUCUGUAUGCCCAUCAAGAACUCGUCGGGUCAGAUCAUCGGCGUCAUUCAACUGAUCAACAAGUUCGAUGACCUCGCGUUCACGAAGAACGACGAGAAUUUCGUCGAGGCGUUUGCUAUUUUCUGCGGCAUGGGCAUCCACAAUACGCACAUGUACGAGAAAGCUGUGAUAGCGAUGGCCAAGCAAAGCGUCACAUUAGAAGUGCUGAGUUACCACGCUUCCGCCUCGUUGGAGGACGCGCAAAGAUUGAGGGGCUUAAGAGUGCCUUCUUCGGCGCAUUUCCAGUUGCACGAUUUCAAAUUCGACGAUAUUCAUAUGGAGGACGACGAAACGUUGACUGCCUGUCUGAGAAUGUUUCUGGAUCUCGACUUCGUCGAACGUUUCCACAUCGACUACGACGUUCUUUGUCGCUGGCUUCUCAGCGUGAAAAAAAAUUACAGAAACGUCACGUACCAUAACUGGCGCCACGCGUUCAACGUAGCGCAAAUGAUGUUUGCCAUUUUAACUGCCACGCAGUGGUGGAAGAUCUUUGGGGAAAUCGAGUGUCUAGCAUUAAUCAUUGCCUGUUUGUGCCACGACUUGGAUCAUCGGGGCACGAACAAUUCCUUCCAAAUCAAAGCAUCAUCGCCCCUGGCACAGCUUUACUCGACUUCGACGAUGGAGCAUCAUCAUUUCGACCAGUGUCUUAUGAUUCUCAGCAGCCAAGGGAAUCAAAUUCUAUCGAAUUUAUCACCUGAGGAAUAUUCCCGCGUGGUUAAGGUUCUCGAAGAGGCAAUCCUUUCAACCGAUUUGGCGGUUUACUUCAGGAAGAGGGGCGCUUUUCUUAGUUUAGCGCGAGGCGGUAGCUACAAUUGGGCUUACAGCGAUCAUCGAGAACUGUUGAGAGGAAUGUUAAUGACAGUCUGUGAUUUAGCCGCCAUAACUAAACCCUGGGACGUCGAGAAGAGGGUGGCUGAAUUAGUCAGCAGCGAAUUCUUUGAACAAGGGGAUAUCGAAAGGCGGACACUCAAUAUUACCCCCAUUGACAUUAUGAACCGAGAGAAGGAGGAUCAGCUGCCCAUGAUGCAAGUUGGCUUCAUCGAUUCAAUCUGUCUUCCCAUUUACGAGGCAUUCGCUUUACUGUCGGAUAAAUUGGAACCACUGGUCGAUGGCGUCAGGAAGAAUAAACAGCAUUGGCUGGAGAUCGCGGAGUUCAAGUGUAAGACAGAGAAUUGCACGAACCACGACAGGAUGCCGUCGAUGUCCGACAACGAGGAAACCAGCGAGCAGGCGGACCAAUAGUCAUUAUUACAAAACGCGAUACAAGCGAGUUGAAAAAAUAUACAGGGACGGGUAUUCUCCACCUGUUUCGUGGAACGAAGAAUGAUGCACGACGCCUAAAGCACCUUGGUGAUCGUCGCUCUGAGAUAAUCUGGAAUGCUCUGCACCUUCGUCUUGAUACUAGGUAUUACAAGCUUUGCGAGUUAAUUUAUUAAUUUAUACAUAUGUAUAUAUAUAUAUUUAUACACACAUAUAUAUAUAUAUAUAUAUAUAUAUAUAUACAUACAUAUUAAUCACUACGGAACAUUGUCGGUACCAAUGAUACGCGAUUAUAACUGCGGGUAGGAGUUCUUCAGAUUCUUUCACGAACGCUUCAAAUUCCGAGGAGUCACUCGCAAGGAACAUUCACCAAGAAUCCUCUUUGCAAGCAAACGCGAGCGACAUUCUUGUCGAAUAUAAAAUGUCUAGUAGUAAAUAUAAACAACUGUCUACUAGUUAUCGAGUAGCAGUUGCUGAAUUACAGACUGAAUUUUCAAUGGAGACUACUUAUCGAAUAUUAGAAUACUUUGUACCAUACUUUACACCAUAAUUUCUGAUCAUGGUAGACUUUUCACACAAUGAAGAUACAAACUUUACAGUGACCAGAUGACAAUUUAACAGUUAAAUAGAAUAAAUUAGUUAUAAUUCAGAUUCAAUUUUGCCCACCUUUGCAGGUUUAUGGAGUAGGAAGUAAUAAGUAAAAAUUAGAAGAAUUGUUUAGCUAUGGUAAUUUAACUGUAAGGGAAUAUCUUAGAAUUUUCAACUAGCAUUUUAAACACAGCAUUAAAAAUUUAGAGGGUAGUUUCACCCCUCAAGCUUGAGUUACUACAAUUAAAAAAUAUACUAUUACUAAUUACUUUUCCUGCUCUGUAAAUCUGCAUGUUCGUUAAAUUUAAGGUUACCUCGUGGAUGUUUCUUGCCAGUCUCGAUUGUUCAUGAAUUCUGUGCUCGCGGUUAACAUAUUCAACGCGAGUAUAUUGUUAUUCCGACUACUCGAACGUCUUAACGAUAAAUAUCGCGGCUGACGUAAUUUAUUCUGUGAAUUUUACGUUCGUCGUUAAAAUCAGGAAACCCCCCGAGGAGGCCGAUGGUGGUUAGUUUAAGACGAUCGAGGAGCUUCGUCCUCUCUUUGGAAAUAAAACAGAUCAACCCAGAGAUGCUACUCUUGUACCUGAUCGUAUUGUACGUAUACUUACUAUGGCAGAACUUUGAUGUCGAGAGAGGACGAAGAAGAAGGACGAUGGGAGUGCGUAAAAUUCAAAGGGAAUCGCAAGAUGUCGAUCCUUCCUCGCGUGGAAGGUCCUCGUUUCGAAUUGAAGACCUGUGGCCUAUGGUGUUUCGAUAUGCAAAAUACGUUUGUACAGGUUUGAUCAUCGAGACUCCGUAUGUUAAGCUCAACUAACGUUGAAAAUUUAAUCCUAGUGAUUCGAAUAUUUCCGUGAAUAUAAUUCAAAUACUCGAGUAACUAAAUUAGAAAUCGCAGGAUUAAUUAUAUUUGUAGGUGAUCAAUUAAUACCUUACAAUUCAAAUAUUAUUCAAAUACUCGAGUAACAAACUAGCAAAUCUUACAAUAAACUUGGUUCGUAGUCAAUCAAUAAAUACGUGAAAAUGAACUAAUUAAUUACCGAAUUAAUUCUAGAUGGCUUCUUCAGACAAUGCUACCCGAUACACUAUACCCAGGUCUUCAAUCGACGGGACAGAUGUGUUUUCGAUGUUUCGUAGAUGUAAGCAAAGGGCAGUCGGCUCUGUCUUGGAAUCGCGUUUUGCAACGGAAGUUCUCUCCGCUGUUACGGACCUCGUUCGAUUCUCCUAAUCGUAUCGAACCGUGCGUGUAAUUAGAUAAUGUAUUCGUAAACCAAAGUGUACGUUUAUACAUCAAGGUUAAUCGUGAUCUUUGUUACUCGAUACGGCAAUGAAUUUAAUUGUCUGUUCGUAACGUGCUAAUUAAUUAGUGGUUAGUUGACCAACGGGAGCAAACGAGAAUGUCUAAUGUGCGUUGUGUAUUCUUGCUUUCUAUUAUAUCGAAAGUUAUAUUCGUUUAGAUUCGGAUAAUCGUUCACCUCUUCGCACGGGAACCAUUCGAAAUAUGGAGUCUAAAAUUCGGAAAAGAUUUAAAGCCAACCCCACUUUCAUACAAUUAAUUUCUAAAAGAGGUACGAAAAGAAUUCAAAUAGAAAACAACCGAGUCGAAAGGGUUACAGCGGAAACGUGCGAAGACGGAAGCAGUCAGGCAUUCGUCCGCGUGUGAUCGUUACUCGUAAUGAUAGUCCGUAUCUUGUGUAUGUUCCUUUUUAAUCCUUCAAGAGUCUUUUUUUUUCUCAUUUUUAAUCGUCGAUCGCUUCCCGUCAAUUUUAUUGAUUCCACGACGGGAGACGCGGUAGUGAGACGUGUGAUAAAAUGUUUGUGUGUGCGCGUGUAUCAUCGUUUGUGGGAUGAAUGUUUGCGUGGUAAGUGUGAGAGCGUUACGUUUGUACAGUUAUCGUGUAAAUUAUUGAUACGUCGAAACGAAAAUUGUUUAGCGUGUAUGUCGUUUUACCGUUACGAUUAGCAUAUAGUACGAGAGUCAUAUAUUAUACCGAACAAUAUCUAAUAUAUUAAAGCGAGACUAAAUUAUGUGAUA